GAUCGUCAUUAUUUGUAACCAUAGAGCAUGAAUUACCUCUUGAGGUCAUCAGCGAGAAUUUACGACUGGUCAACAAAAGCACGUGAUUCCCUAACGCCCCCCCAUCCCCCUUCCAACCCCCCCCAUAUUUGGCCGCAUACAUAGCAAAACGAAGUACAGUGCAUCGCUAUAAUUCAUUAAUACAUCAUAAAUCGUGAAGCACAGGGUUAUAACGACCACGAUCCACAAAUCAAGCCCUCCAAAAUCACCCAAAUGAGCUCGUACUUUGUAAACUCCUUCUCGGGGCGUUAUCCAAAUGGCCCGGACUAUCAGUUGCUAAAUUAUGGCAGUGGCAGCUCUCUGAGCGGCUCUUACAGGGAUCCCGCUGCCAUGCACACCGGCUCUUACGGCUACAAUUACAAUGGGAUGGAUCUCAGCGUCAACCGCUCCUCGGCCUCCUCCAGCCACUUUGGGGCGGUGGGCGAGAGCUCGCGCGCCUUCCCCGCGUCAGCCCAGGAGCCCCGCUUCAGGCAGGCGACGUCCAGCUGCUCCCUGUCCUCGCCCGAGUCCCUGCCCUGCACCAACGGCGACAGCCACGGCGCCAAGCCCGCUGCUUCGUCCCCUUCCGACCAGGCGACCCCAGCCAGCUCCAGCGCCAAUUUCACCGAAAUAGACGAGGCCAGCGCAUCCUCCGAGCCCGAGGAAGCGGCAAGCCAGCUAAGCAGCCCGAGCCUGGCCCGGGCACAGCCAGAGCCCAUGGCCACCACUACAGCCGCGCCCGAGGGGCAGACUCCACAGAUAUUCCCCUGGAUGAGGAAGCUUCACAUCAGCCACGAUAUGACUGGGCCAGACGGGAAAAGGGCCCGGACCGCGUACACGCGCUACCAGACCCUGGAGCUGGAGAAGGAGUUCCACUUCAAUCGCUACCUGACCCGGCGACGACGCAUCGAGAUCGCCCACGCGCUCUGCCUGUCUGAGCGCCAGAUCAAAAUCUGGUUCCAGAACCGUCGCAUGAAGUGGAAGAAAGACAACAAACUGAAAAGUAUGAGCCUGGCUACAGCCGGCAGCGCCUUCCAACCAUGAGCCCAUCCGGAGGAGCCCUGGGCGGCCCAAGAGCCCGCACCACCCCCAGCCCGACCCUUCCAAUCCUCCCUGCACUGCCGCUGCCCGCUGGGGACCUGUCCCCACGAGCCUGUCUCGCCCCAGCCUCGUAUUACAAUUUUUCGUUCGGUCUUAGGUCUUCCCAUGGCUCCCUCUCUCCUGGACUGGUUAUCUUGUUAUUAUUGUUAAUAAUAAUAAUAAUUAUUAUUAUUAUUUCCCCUCCAUGCUCCCCACUUCCCUCGGCUCGCCCCCAAUUGCCAGUGUUUCUGAAUGUCCUCGUGUCUGUGGGUGCACCCCUUUCCCCAGGAAAAAGAAAAAAGAAAAAGAAACUCGCAUGUUUAAUGUGACUUCCCCACCCCGUCUGUGUUCUAACUUAUUUAUAAAAGGAUGAUGGCUGUAUUUUGAGUUUCAGCUGGAAACUUCCAUAAGGGGCAGCAGCUGAGGAUGGGUAGUGCUGGGCCCAGCUGAGCUGGCCUAAGAAAUGGAGUCUAUGAUUGUCUGUGAUCGUGUCUCUUUUCACCCACCUCAUCCUCCUCAGCUUCCACUCCCUGGGCCCAGGUCUCCCAGGGGCUUGUUCCUGGGGUGGGAAGGGGCCAGGGAAGGACCAAAGUGUGGAUGUUGGGGAGGAAAAGAGGAAGAGUCGAGAGCUGCUGUCUGGUAGGCCGCACAAGGCCUCGUCUAGAAGUGUAUGGAAUCAGAAAUAACCCUCAGUGUAAAAUGUCUUGUGAUUUUUUUUCUCUGUGAAUCUGUGGGUCUGGCUAGAAGGCCCAAAGCUUGUAAAUAUGGGGAUAGUCUGGGUCAGGCCCAUCACCUCCUUCCUUACCCAUUUCCAAGACCGUUUGUAGUAAGCAGGUGGGUGCUGUGCUGCCGCUUGUGUGGAAUCUGUCUUGGCCAGGCCUGUCUCAGUGGUUAGCUUUUGGUAUGUGUGUAGCUUUCCUUGAAGUCAAAUAAAUGUCUCCCCCACUCCA